AUGUCAAUCAUGACAAGUCUAGCUCCUCUUCUUGCUGGUAUUCACUAUUGGGCUUUCUUCUUUAGUCGAACGAUUCAAGGAAUUUCUGGGGGUUUUUUCUUUUCGGCUGGAUGUGCUCUGGCAAGUCGAUGGUUUCCGGCAAAUGAAAAGUCCACCCUGGCAGCGAUUUAUGGAAGUGGCAGUGGGGUUCGUCAUUUAUUUGACUGGUUGAGACCAGGUAACCUCACCAUGUCGUCCAAGAGGAAGAAAAACGAUAGUUCGGACGAAGAAAGUGAUGAAGUCGAUUGGCAGAAGAGAAAGAGAAUUGAAACCUGU